GGGGCCGGCUGACAACAGUCAACAAGCUCGUGCGACGGCGGACUCUCGGCGCGUGGACAGCGGAGCUCGCGACCCGCAAACCGCCGGGCGGAAGCCAUGAGCGGGGGCCCGCUGUUGCUCCUUGCAAGGGGCCGGACGGAAGCGCAGUCGGAAAUGUACGGGCGCCAGGAAGCGGCCAUGCCGGACUGGAAGCGGGAGCUGCUCCGCAAGAAGCGCACCAUGCACAAGGCAUUCCCCAGCUGGGCGGCGCUGGCGGCCGGCUCUGGUGGCGACCGGACCGUACAGAAGGCUGUUCACCUUGGCGACGCGGCGCGCGUUCCGGCCGGACUGGUUUGCCCGCAGUCGCCCCGCGGAGGUGGCCCCCCGAGCAUGGGCGAAGACAAAGGCGGCCAGGCCGAACUGGAAAGUUCGGAGGACCACGAGUGGCAGUACGGUCCAGGCUUCGUCGACAGGCUGCGAUGCAAGUUUCUCAGCUUAAGCUUACGCGAGCCCAGUGGCCUGCAGCAGCCGCUGCGAGCGUACGCCAGCGUGGAAAACCUGUUGGAACCGAAAUCGAGCGUCCGGCCUACGUCGGCACCCAAGCCUGCGUUUCAGCGGGCCCGUAGUAUGGAAACCCUGUUGGAUCCACUCAUCAACGAGGACGUUGUAAUCGUCGAGCGGAGUUCCACUACAGCGAGUGAGUUACCCCGGCCAGAUAUUGUCCGUACUUGCAAACGCAUUUUUGAGGCCUCGGCUGACAACCGGCGGCCGCUGCGGCGGCGGCCACCAGUGUUGCGUGCUCGCGCCCCCCUGCGUGCCGACAAGGAGAACAACCAGCCUCUGGCUAGACCGCGGCCUGCCAGGCCCGUGGCCAACAUCAAGCCUUUGCGGAAGCAGGAUGAGCCGCCCCCAGUGAAGGAAGAUGAGCCGCCGCUGAAAGCCCCGGUCGCCGUUACUCGUCCCGAACGCCGAGACCCUGCGCCGGGGCCCUUGUGGCCGCAGCUUCGGCAGGCUUCACCGGCGGCCACCAGUGUGGUGUUUGACUUCCGGGGCAAGGACGUAAAGCCGCACGUGGCCGUGACCCGGGCACCCUGCGGCAGUCCGCUGGACUCUGACGAGCUGGACUCGUCCGAUGAGCCGCUUCCGUUCCCGUCGGGCAUCGUGUUCGUCGGCGAGAACGUGGUGGUCGGCGGCGGCGCCCUGCUCACCACCAGGAACAAGAAGCUGAAGAUACAGUUCAACGAUAGUGCCUUGGUUACUAUUGAAUAUGCUGCUGAAGAAUGCCACAGCCCCCGAGGAAAUGGUCACGAUGUGGACGCACCCACUGUUAAUGGCAGGAAUUGUGGAGGCUCCCUGGGAAGCUACACGCCAAGUGCAUUGAGCAGUGGUGAGGCCUUCCAGUUGGGCCUGUGCCGUCCGAGCCGGCCCCUGCCUGCUCCUGAGACGCCUGCAGCCCCAGAACCCGAGGAGCCUGCCCCUGCCACAGCCUGGUCUUUGUCCGCCACCAGUUCGGACUUGCUCUUCUGAGGCUUGGGCCCCCCCUAGUCAGUGCGGCUUCUGUUUGUGCGUCCUUCCUGACUUGCGGGUUGCCUCUGCUGACUCACUAACAGCAGGGGCCUCUCGAUCUGUUGAGAAUCUCGCAGGGUGCCGCAGUAUCUGUGCAUCCACCUUGCUGCAAUGAUCAUAGUGUUUUUUUUUUUACUUUAUCGCAGUUUAUUUUUCUUCACUGUGCCCUAGAGAUUGCAGGGCGUCUUCUCAUUGGCUGUACUCAAGAAUCUUAUUAAACCAGCAGCCGUGGUUUGCUUUUUUUUUCUAAGUGAAUUUCUUGUGUUACACCAUUUUAGUUUUGUACACAUUUUUGUAGUCAAGAGAAGUUUACACACAUAGUGUUGUUUAUGACCCUGUCGGACUCCAGUGAUCGAUUGCUGUCGCAAAUUGUUGCUUGUAAUACAAUUGUGUUACAGUGCAAGUGUUGAUUUUUGAGAAAGUGACUGGCUGCAAAGUCCUUGUGCGUGUUUCCUGUCCUGUAAAGCCAGUUUUAUUUUAUAGUCAGUCUGAUUUAACUGACCAUAUAAUUGAACUGGGGUCAUGUGUGUUUUUUAACAAGUAGCUCAAUGUUACUAUUAUAAUGUGCAAUGUUCCAAUGCUGCCAAAACUUAGCACAGUAAAGUUCCUGUGUUCAAGUGAGAUGUUUGAUUCUGUGCAGAAGAGGAAAACUUGGUGGGUGUUGGUUUUUACACAACUGGUUCUUUUGAUAAUGUCGCAAUAGAUCUGAAAAACUUAAUUGUGAGAAAGUGUUUGCCAGAUGUGUACAGCAUGUGCUGUGAGCUCUCAGGUUUGUGUCUGUUGUGGUAUAAAGGCACAAGUACCAUGUAUGCCUGUGCUCUGGUCCUGUCUAUUUCCCACGUUGAUGGUACUGGAUAUUUAUUUAGAGGCAGUUUAGUCAGCAAAGCUGUGAAGUGAAUGCUAAAAGUUUAACUUCGUUCCAUUCCAUGUCACUGAUUUGUAAGGUUGCUUUGUGCCCACUUAGCACUUCUUGAGGCUGCGAAGGAAAUGCCAGUAUGCAAUAAUACAUGAGGCAAGUCUGCCACAUAAGUAAUACAGUAAAUUUAAUAGAAGCAGAGUGUGAUUUAGUAGCACUGCACUUUGUAACAAAUUAUUUUCUCCAGCCAUAAUAAGCAAUCAUUUGAUUCAACUUACUGACAUGCCUGUGUUGAGGUUGGGCAAGUGAGAAAUAAAAAUUAUGAGCUGCUGUCAUUGAAGAUUGCUUUUAGAGCUUUAGGUUUUCAGAGCAGGAUGGUUGGUGGGUUUCAGGUUAUGUAGAAAAAUGUUGUCAUGUGUAUUGAAUUUUAACAGAUGAAUCUCACGUUUUGGUAAUUCUUUGUAGUUUGUGGAUGAGACCUUUGUGCAUUUAAAAAAUUCUUAUGGCAGGCAUUUUACAAAAUGUUGGCUAAAGCAGUGUCUGUUGCAACUACUCUCAUAUUAUGCCUGUGUCUUUCUCAUGCCUAAUGCAUGCAGUGUUUGUGAUACAUUGCCUACUGGUGUCUUCAUGGUGCAGUUAGUUUGCCGACAUUACACCAGGACAGACCAGAAAAAAAAAUUCAUUGUUGUCUGUGGAUUUAGAUGUGAAAUGACAGCAUUUUAUUACGCAGAUAUGUACAUUUAAGUAAGGUAGUGGCUGCAGUGUGCGAAUUCAUUUAAUUUUCUUGUGACAAUCCUACAGGCAUGUUCCUUGAAAAGUAGCUGGUAAAAAAGUAAGUUUAGUGCUUUGAGGCAUUACCUAUAUAUCAUCUGCUUGCAUUUCUCAUUUCCGCAGUUGGUACAUUGCAAGAGACAGUUUGACUGCUAAGAUAAGCACUUUCCAUUUUCCAACCAUAACAACUUUGGUAUACGUACUAGAUGUUUUUGACUGGGCGAACCAGGCUAAUUAUUCAGAGUGCAGUAAUACCGAGUAUAAGGAAUGUGCACAGCCAUGUUGUGGUGUGGCCUUUAAUUAUCAAUGGUUCCAUGCUACAUCGACUGCCAAAGAUUGCUUUAAGUAUUUUAAAUACCCACUUCAUACUAACUCUUUCUGCAGAGAAACAAUUGUGAAUGUUUGUUGCUGUGGAGACUUUGCUCUUCAAGACAACUGCUACCUUUCUAAUUUUUGGCACAAAUGUUUUGAGGAUGAAUAAAUGGCAUUUUGAUGUCAC